ACGCCCACAGAAUUCAUAGACAAGUUGCACGGAUAUGACGUCAUUGUGAUUCUGGAAAGGAGACCGGUGACGGGACAAAGGGACACGAUGAGUCAGCGCUCUGAGCGACGAGGUAUCCAUGUGGACCAAUCGGAACUGCUUUGCAAGAAAGGCUGCGGUUACUAUGGAAACGCUGGCUGGCAGGGCCUGUGCUCCAAGUGCUGGAGAGAGGAGUACCAGAGAGCUCGGCAGAAACAGAUCCAGGAGGACUGGGCCCUGGCUGAGAAGCUGCAGAGGGAAGAGGAGGCGGCCUAUGUCAGCAUUCAGAGUUCCUCUCAGACCCAGCCUCCACAAUCCCAUUCUCAGCCCUCUCUCGCCACCUUCUCCAAGUUUGAGGAGAAGAAAACCAACGAGAAGACACGCAAGGUCACCACUGUGAAGAAGUUUUUCAGCCCUUCCUCCCGCACUGCUCCUAAGAAAGUCCCCCCCGAAAAAGAAAGUGAAAAAGAGGAGAAGUUGCAUGGCAGGAGGGAGAGCCAUGGAGAUACCCUCCUGAGGGAUCUGAAGGGCAUUUUUACCCAACCCUGGGAGAUGGGCUCCUCCACUGAAGCUCUGGUUUCAAAGUUGAGAGAGAGCCACGAGGGGAAGACACCCAGUCCCUCCAUCACCCGUCAGUCCAGCAUCGAGACUGAUCGAGUGUCACGAGACUUUGGGGAGUUCCUCAAGUCCUUGAAGCCUGGCAGAGAGAUCCAAAAGCAGAGCUGCCUUUUUAUAGAUAGCAUGGGAAAUAAAAAGGAUCUUAGUGCAGAGGAACUGUCUGAAUGUGUGCAGGAUUUCUACCAGAACAUGUCUGACAGACUCAUGAGUCAUUUUAAAGGCUCCUCUGAGAAGGUGGACAGGGUGAUGGACCAGGUGGAAAAAUACAUCAUGACUCGACUCUACAAGAGCGUCUUCUGUCCUGAGACCUCAGAUGAUGAGAAAAAAGACCUGUCCACCCAGCACAGAAUUCGGGCCUUACACUGGGUGACCAUUCAGAUGCUGUGUGUUCCUGUGGAUGAGGAGAUCCCAGAGGUGUCUGAUGGUGUAGUCAAAGCCAUCACUGAUAUAAUUGAGAUGGACUCCAAGCGUGUGCCGAGGGAUAAACUGGCCUGCAUCACCAGUUGCAGCAAGCAUAUCUUCAACGCCAUCAGGGUUACCAAGAACGAACCAGCCUCUGCAGAUGACUUCCUACCCACCCUUAUCUAUAUUGUUUUGAAAGCCAACCCCCCUCGGCUGCAGUCCAACAUCCAGUACAUCACACGCUUCUGUAACCCCUCAAGACUCAUGACGGGAGAGGAUGGAUACUACUUUACCAACCUGUGUUGUGCUGUGGCCUUCAUUGAGAAGCUGGAUGCCCAGUCGUUGAAUCUUAGCCCUGAGGACUUUGAGCGCUACAUGUCCGGUCAGGCUUCUCCUCGAAGACAAGACGAUCCUGCCUGGCCUCAGACUGGCUCCUGUAUCAACCCAGCUCUUAGCCAGAUCCAUCAAAAUCUUAGCGUCCUGUCUAACCUUGAAAAAAGACAGCAGCAGGUGAUAGAGGGUGCCCAAAGCCUGCAAACUGAACUGGCAGAAUGGCAGAACAACGUGGCCAGAGAGGUGCAGGAAAUCUUGGAGAGAUACCCACUGGAGAUCAAACCACGAGCAUCCGCAAUAGAUGCAGAGAAUGUGGAGAAUGAUAGGCUACCACCUCCCCUUCAACCAGAAGUGUUUGCUGGUUAGCAAACAAAACUAGUUUUGCGGUUGCUUGCAUCACUCUUCUAGAGUGAAUAACCCAGAGACAUGGUCGCACCGAGACGAGUAAAGCAAAGCUGCUUUUGUCAUCGUACUUUUCUCUUGUAUGUGGGACAACAGGAGUUUUACCCUUCCAUGUGCUUUCUUAAAGGGAUGAAAAUCUUGUCAUCAUUUACUCACCCUCAUGUUGUUUUAAACCCAUAUGAAUUUCAUUAUUUCAUGGAACACAAAAGGAGAUGUUAGGGACUGGCAUCCUCAGUCACCAUUACCUUUCAUUGCUCAGACAGAAAGAUGCAUUGAAAGUCAGUUGUGACUAUGACUAACAUGCCUACCAUCUCCUUUUGUGUUCCAUUAAAGAAUGAAAGUCAUAUGGGCUUGGAAUAACAUGAGACUAAAUGAUGACUGAAUUUUCAUUUUUGGGUAAACCAUACCUUAAAUGUUUGCACGUUUGGUCGCCUGUCAUCUCUUUUCUGCAGACAUGUUCUUGUGGGACCACGUUUGUGCAGCUGAUUCAGACAGGUGGGCUGUUUGUAAAAACUAAAAAAGCUUUUCUGACUUGGUAGAUCUGGCAACGUGUUAGCUUUUUUCAUAAUAUAUAUAUAUAUAUAUAUAUAUAUAUAUAUAUAUAUAUAUACACACACACACAGUUGUGCUCAAAAGUUUGCAUACCCUGGCAUAAAGGAGCACAAUACUCGUUGACCCCUCUCCAAACAUAGCGCUUAUGGUUGUGACCAUAAAGCUCUAUUUUGGUCUCGUCACUCCAAAUUACAGUGUGCCAGAAGCUGUGAGGCAUGUCAAGGUGUUGUCGGGCAUGUUGUAACUGGGCUUUUUUGUGGCAUUGGCUUCUUUCUGGCAACUCGACUAUGCAGCUCAUUUUUGUUCAAGUAUCGUCGUAUUGUGCUCCUUGAAACAACCACACCGUCUUUUUCCAGAGCAACCUGUAUUUCUCCUGAGGUUACCUGUGGGUUUUUCUUUGUAUCCUGAACAAUUCUUCUGGCAGUUGUGGCUGAAAUCUUUCUUAGUCUACCUGACCUUGGCUUGGUAUCAAGAGAUCCCUGAAUUUUUCCACUGAACAGUACUAACUGGCAUUUUCAAGGCUUUGGAUAUCUUUUUAUAUCCUUUUGCAUCUUAUAAAGUUCCAUUACCUUGUUACGCAGGUCUUUUGACAGUUCUUUUCUGCUCCCCAUGGCUCAGUAUCUAGCCUGCUCACUGCAUCCACGUGAGAGCUAACAAACUCAUUGACUAUUUAUACACAGACACUAAUUGCAAUUUAAAAAGCCACAUGUAUGGGAAAUGAACCUUUAAUUGCCAUUUAAACCUGUGUGUGUCACCUUGUGUGUCUGUAAGAAGGCCAAACAUUCAAGGGUAUGUAAACUUAUGAUCAGGGCCAUUUGGGUGAUUUCUGUUAUCAUUAUGAUUUAAAAAGGAGCCAAACAACUAUGUGAUGAUAAAUGGCUUCAUAUGAUCACAAUCCUUAAAUAAAAGACUGUUUUUUUUUUUUUUUUUUUUUUUUUUUUUUUUUGCAUGAUCAGUCCUAUUUUCAAAAUCAGUGCCAAAAUUUCACAAUUUCUGCCAGGGUAUGCAAACUUUUGAGCACAACUGCAUCAUACAACACAUCAUAUUUUCCAAUGUAAAUGGUCUUAUUCACUGAAGAGUGUUUUGCCCCUAUACCUUGGUGUGAUGUUCUCCUCCUGGAUGAAGGUCUAUGUUUUUUUAUGUGUGUAUAAAAUAUUUAGCUGCUUAUACUGUAUACUAAGGAAAUUGAUUUUUAUCCAGCUUUAAAGGGAAUGCUUGACAUGUGUAAAGUGCUAGUCGUCUUUACUUAUGGUACCUUUCGAAGAUGGUCAUUCAUAAAUGUUAGGUCACACAUUGAAUCAGCUGUACUGUGGUGCAAACAUUUCAGCAAUAAACACUAUUUUCACAGGUAUAGUUUACCAAACAAAAUGCAUUAUUGACAUAGGUAAAGCUGCAUGUUUUGUUAGCUUAAAUUAAUGUGCAGUUCUGCAAUGGUGACCACAGCUGUAUACGUUUAAAAAAAAUAACUACUUCACCAGCCAAGAUGGAAAUUGCAUUAAUGUGUUAAACCACAGCUAUUUGUUUUACAUUUGAUGUUGUGAGCUUAACAGAAGACCGAUUUUAAUGUGGUCCAGUUUAAUUUUUUUAUAAUGCUCCAGCUGUAACUGUAACAGGUACUUGGCACAACAAUAUAUUUGUGUGGAAAUAAUUGGUUUAAUUCAUAGUGGUGUGAUAUUUUAACUAAACUGCUUUAUUUAUUAUGUAAAUAUAUAACUUACGUGAAAUGGCUAA